AAACCGAACAUCAGACCAUCAGGCCGCCAUGGGGGUGAAGGAGAUGUUUCACUUGGCCCGCGUGCCGUCCAUCCUCUUCAUCAGUGUGGUUUACGUGACCUACGUGCUGGUUGGCGGGGUGAUCUUCUGGAAGCUUGAAGGAGACCUCGGGAGCAAGGAUCUCGGGGCAAUAAUGCAGAGCAGACAGAAGCUGCUCUCCACGUACAGCUGUCUGAACCAGGAUGGGCUGGUGGCGUUGGCUAAGGUGAUUCAAGAGUCGUCAAAAGCAGGUCUAAGCCUGAAGGAUAACCGCACCACGGAUGGAUUCUGGAAGUUUACCAGCUCCGCUGUGUUUGCUGCCACCGUAGUCACCACCAUAGGUUAUGGAAACAUGAGCCCCACCACCACGGCUGGGCAGAUCUUCUGUGUGUUCUUUGCACUCUUUGGUAUUCCUCUGAACAUGGUGGUGCUCAACAGAGUAGGGCAGUACAUGCUGGCAGUGGAAAGGAACAUUGCUGAUUUCAUCAAAGGGAAAACCGGACGUAAGAGGUGUACACGCUUCUUUAUCCACCUGAUCAGCUACAUCUGUGGGAUGGUGGGCUUUUUCAUCGUCCCCAUGAUCGUGUUCCAGCAGCAGGAAGGGUGGACCUUGUCACAGGCCAUCUACUUCUGCUUCAUCACACUCAGCACCAUCGGUUUUGGGGACUUUGUAGCUGACAACAACCCGGAUACUAAUUACCCAAACUGGUACAGUGUUCUGAUGGCCUCGUGGAUCUUUUUCGGUCUGGCUUGGCUUGCUUUGCUCAUCAACCAUUCCAUAGACAUUCUGGAGCGACUCAACGCCUUCUUUAAACAGCAGUGCUGUGGCAAAAAGCCCGCAGAAGAGUCAAACGAGUCAGAGAGCAAAGAGAACAACCCUCACACUCAAGAGGAGGAAAUCGAAGAGAUCAAAGAAACUCCCAUAUCUCAGUAAUCUACCAAACAAGUCGAAGGCUUCGGAGAACCGGGGAUCAUUUAUUCAUGACCUAAAUCAGGCUGAGCGUACAUGUGAGUUAUCGGGUUGUAAAUCUGUCGCCUCCUCUGUUUAUUCAUCUGAAACAGACCAAAGGUUUCUGAGUCUCGAUGCACUUUCUAUGGAGCAACUUUUCAAAAUUCAGCUCACGUUUGCACACCAAAUGAAGCUUUUGACUUUUUUAAUGUCCACGUCUACAAAGACUGCUGUGAUUUUUCUUUCUGUGCAUUUGUUUGUUUGUUUGUAAUUUGGGGAAAACAAAAAUCUGUAACAUUUACUUCAGAUAUUAAAGUGUGUAGUUUCUCGGGCGAUAGGGGGCAGUAGAUACCUAAAUCAUUGCAAGCAUUAUUUUCAUGUUCAAGUAAGGCCGUACCAACGGGUGGCCAUUAGGGUCAAAAGUCCUUGGGAGUGCCACCUCCAGCAAAAUAACAAGAACAUCAGGUUCCCUUUCAUCGCUGGCAACGAGUGACGAGGUAAAUGUGUAAAAGAACGUUUGUUAAUGAUGAAAGUUUGUUUCAAAUCAGCAAAUGCAUUCUGUCCUCAGGGGCUUCCAUAGACGGAAACGUGGCAUCCAAUAUGGCGUCGCCCAGAGACUUAAGCCAGCUCCCAUGUGUUUUAGACCCGAUUUUUAUGGUGAUACGUUAUGAAAGCGUCAAUAUUUUUCGACAACUGGGUGUCUUUUACUUCAUUUACAACAUUUCAAUGAAAAUGUCCAGAAACGAGUGGUAAAAAGUACACAUUGUCACUUUAAAUAACUUUUUUCUUGUUAGGUUGAACACUUAAUAAUAAGAGAUGAACUGGCUGUGAUGACCAGACUCUGCUGGGGUGCGUAUUUGUUCCGUUGUGUAGAGAUCGACAUGUGAAUAAAAGAACUAAAGCAUGUAAACAAAGAGAAUUUUUUGUUUUCUGUGCACUAAAAUCAGAUUUUUAAAGCUGUUAGAGCGAAUCUGCAAACAAGCUUUGGGACGCAAACACGGUCACCGAACGCUCACCCCUCCCCUCAGGUAUCUUCCCUGGACCUGCGUCCACUGGAACCGGAAACCAGCGUUUCCAGAGGAAACGAGAUAGCGCUAAGCACCAGUCACCGGUUUUCUAGUUGUUCGAGACUUCAAGCAGUGAUUUUCUUUUUGGGACUCUGGCAGUUUGUCCGAAAGCUGAAGCAGUAGCAGCCGGCUGUUUCUCCUUCUCUGAUGUUAUUGAGCGGAGAACCUCUCAGACCGGUGGAGUUCCGGUGCUGAAUACAGGAGUGUGUGAUGGGUGGAGGACCAGGGAAGUGCGGCAGCUGAAUGAGACCGACAACCAGACGGUCCGGUUGGUUUUGGUCAGAAAUGUGUUGUUUGUGGCCGUUUUUAGACAAAUGUGAGAAAACUACUUUAAUAUUAUUUUGCUUGUCAGGUCAGAAUUUCAUUAGGUGUUCAGUCUCAGUAGUGAAAUGUGUGUGUGUGUGUGUGUGUGUGUGUGUGUGUGUGUGUGUGUGCGUGCGUGCGUGCGUGCGUGCGUGCGUGCGUGCGUGCGUGUGUGUGUGUGUGUGUGUGUGUGUGUGUGUGUGUGUGUGUGUGUGUGUGUGUGUGUGUGUGUGUGUGUGUGUGCUCAGGCAUUUCACACCGGGCUGUUUCUGCCACAUCAGAGUUGUAUUCGUCCGUCGGCUCAGAGUGUCUGAUGAACGGGUUCGGGUUGGGGUUAUGUCCUUUUAAGAAGAUCUCGUGUUCUGUCCAUGUCAUUUCCCUUCCAUAUCCCCCUCUUUUUCUCCCCAGCAUUCAUUGCAGUUAGCCUCCUUUUGCAUGCAUGACCUUUGACCCCCUUGUUUCUCUGGCAGUUCCCUCCACAUUGGCUAUCAUCCAUCACCUACUCAUGUUUAGUUCCAUUCCUGCCCCUUCUCCCUACUCGUUCCUUGUUCGUUGUGUUUAGUUUGGUCUGCAGGUUGAACUCGUGUCUUUAGAUCGGUUAGCGUCACCUUGCUCGGUUUCAUUCUGUCUUUAUUUCUAACAUCGUCUUCUUUUCGUUUCUGGUUCAGUUUCAGUCCUCUUGUGUUUUUGUAUUGCCUCCCAUCAGUUAACUAGUCCCACCUGUGGAUCCUCAUCAUCAGUGCUCAUCACACCUGCUCCUCAUCACUGCCCAGUCUAUUUCACCUCUGCACAGUUCUUCACUCGCUGCUGGUUCCUUGUGUUUGCUCCAGUGAUGGACCUUAUGGCUCUUUCAUGGGAGCUGUUCAUUAGUCAGUCGUUUACCUCAAAGAAC